UAUCUUGUGGUGUGUGAUUUUUAUUUUUAUUUUUUAUUUAUUUUUUUUUAUUUUUUUUUUUUUUGGGGGGGGGGGGGGAGCGUUAAAUGGCUUUUAUGCAGAAGGUUUACACUGGUGUUCUCCAUAAGCAUAACAAGACAAACCUUGAUGUGAGGGUUCAUGGAAAGCCUGAGAUAACUCCAAGCCCAAGGUGUUGAAAAAGGAUUUGCACAUAAGAAUCUGAUAUUCCAAGAUGUGUGGCAACUCUAUCCAUUGAGGGAGAACUAAAAAAAAAAAAAAAGUACAACUAAGGCAAUGAACUGAGCAUUUUCACUUUAAGCUGAAUGCACACCAUAUCUUGGACAUUUAGCCUACAUUCCAGCUUAUUGGCAAAGGAUGCAAAAGUAAACGGGAGUUGUAUACACACCAGAUUUCCUGCUCUAAUCCACACUUGUACAUUGCAAAUCUUCGGGUGGAAAAAUUUACAAUAUGAACAGUUUAAGGACAAAUCUUAAUUUAGCCUCGGAUCCUGUAAAUUAGGAAUUUGGUGCCUUAGGUCUCCAGCAGGUCCAAAUUCAAAUUGUGGCACUUCAGGUGGCAGAUUUUGAUAUGCAACAAAAGCCAUGGCAUUUGCCACAGAAUCAGUCGGAAGGCACAAAAGAUGCAACUUAUUUGUUCUAAAUUAACUUAUUCAAUCUGCCACAGAAAAGAGAAGCUGCCUUUACUAAACUGUAGCGGCUGACGGCACCGGAAGUUCCACGAUUUGAGCUUGCUUCCUCUACGUCACUUGACCAGUCAAAGUGGACUGGAUUCUUAAAAUUGAAUUUCGGGAAGCUUAAUAUACGGAACCAGGUUUUUCCUGGACAAAAGGAUAGCCAGGGCCGGAUUUAGGAGACCGUGGACCGCUGGAGCUAGAUUUGGUUACCACGAAGCUCCUUUUCGUUAUCCCGACGGUAGAAGUCAAAGAUGGACUGGUUCCACUGCAACCAGUGCUUCAAGAAAAGCGGGUCGAAGUUCGCUGUGUCGAGCUGUGGCCACAUCUCCUGCGAAGCUUGCAUUAAGUCAAAGCAGUGCAGUACAUGUGGGGUGGCCUGCUGUUAUCUGCCCAUCACUGAUCAGAUGAAGCCACAGGAAAAGGUGUUUUUCAUGGACCCUGGAAAGCUCAUCCAGGCGAGGAUGGAAAUGAUAGCACAGACUGCCAUUUUCCAGCAGAAGCAGAAGGAGAGAGUCACGGUUCACUUCAAGACCAAAUCCAGUGAACUGGAGAGGCGUCUGGAAGAGGUUUCUGAGCAGGGUUACAGACAACUGUCAGAGCUGAAAAGAGAGAACGGUGAGCUGAAGAAGCAGCUGUCAGAGCUGAGAAGAGAGAACGGAGAGUUGAAGAAGCAGCUGUUGGAGCUGCAGAGAGAAACUGCCGAACUGAAAAAGCCACUCUCUCAAAGGAGGGUUUCGCCUGGACAGUUCCAAACUACCGGCUCUCAGAGGGUUUCGCUCCCAGUUGGCGUUACCUCACCAGUUACUCCUCGAUCAAGAGCAGCGAGUCAUGUCGGCUCCGGAGAGUCUCAGAGGUGGACCAGGGAUAGAGGCAUUUCUCUCACUACUCCUGGAUCCAUUGCUUCCAUCUCCAGCCACAGCUCUCUUCACGAAUUCAGAACGUCACCAUCUUUUGGCACUCCUACAAGAACCCAGACCCCUGGUUUCCAGUUCCCAUUUAUGAAUGGAAUCUCACUUCACUCACCCAGACAGUGAAUAACUCGCCGCUCUUGCUGGGAACGCCUUUGGUGUGCAUGACACCCACUAGUUGAUUUAUUUACGUGAGCCUGAACAACAUUAGCAUUUUACAUUCUUAAUCUUUGUAAAGGAAGGGGUAUUCCCCAAUGUUGAAACACCUUGCCGUAUCGUUCACCUGGAUUAAAACCUCUAUGCAAACUGUGGCUUGAUUUUUUUAAUAGUCUACUUUCCUUGAAAUGCACGUCAUAACUAAUUAUUAGUGAAAGUCGUUUUUAUAGGACAAUUUCAGAACAAAAUUUACA